UCGCCGGCAUUGCCGUCGCGGAUGCUACGGCGAGCAGUCGUGUCUGUCGCGCGCGCGAAUAGAAAAAUACGAUUAAACACGCGACUCGAUAAACAUGCGCGAAUAGACAGUGAUAAAUAAACUGUGGUGAUUAGUGUUCAAGUGCUAGAAGUUCCUGGGUAUACGCAUCUGGCUCAUCCCUAGGUCGGCGGGGCGAUGUCAAGCGCGGUCACGACGGUGCUGGCGUGCCUCUGCUUGGCGCGCGUUUCACUCGCCGAAGCCCACAGUAUACGACAGAGCCCAUAUAACACUAAGGAUCUGACUAGUGUGCUGUCAAACAUAGAAGAACGUCUCCGUGUGCUAGACACCAUCAGUGCCGUGCAAGCGAAGCAGGCGCGUCGGCUAGACGUCAUCCAGGAUAAACUUGAUCGACUUGAAUCGUCGCUGUUCAUGAAGCAAGAAAGGGCUCAGUUGGCGGCGGAGAGGCUGGAGCACCGGCUUCACAUGCUACAGCUAAGUGUACAGACAUCCAUCAAAGAUAGCAACCAGAAGAUAGAAAAGAGUCAUUUGAAAGUGGCAGAGGUUGCGCAGAAUUUGACCAGUCAAAUUGACUUGCACAGACGAUUGUUAGACAAGGUGAACGGUGCGUAUGCGGACACGUGGCACCGGGGACUUGUCCUAGAAUCCCUCAUGCGAGACGGACUGUCUCUAGUCAACGUUACUAGGAGAGAGCUGGCUGACGGAAUACGAGCGUUAGCCAGGAGACAGCGAGACGCUAGAUUGAACACGGCGGAUUUGGAAUCUGUCUUCGUUAGGAGACUCAAUGAGAGGGCCAAUAAAAUUGACAUCAAGAUGCAAGAAGUUUUGGACACACAGAAGCGAUUCGUGGACUCCUGUCAGCGGGUGCAACUUGAUGACCCCACACACGUGGCUGAUGUGCUGGAUAAACUGAUAGAUUCGCUCAUCAACAAGACUGCAGCCACGUUCCACGAGCUACAGAACAUACAAAUGACGAUGCGAAACCACAACAGCAAAGUGAUGAAAUUGCUCACCGCUGGAAGGCCAAGAGAAAACGAUGUUACCUGCAAACGCUUGGAGACCGUAUUCCGCAACGCCUCGCAAACGACCAUGAAGGAGAUAGAGCUACAACAACUGACAGAGAAGUUCGUGGACUUGACCAAUCGAGCGGAUGCAGCGCUGCAAAAACUAGAACGGAGCAUCGCUGAUACUGACGAUGACCCGCCGACAGCGCAGCCGUCUGAGGUUACAGCCGCUGCAGAUAGACUGCUGCUUAGGCUGAAAGGGAUCAAAACCGAAAAAGACGAGGCAUCGGAGGACCCCGACUGGGGCGACGAAAGCGACGGCUUUUACGACGACGGCGGGGGCGGGGACAUAAUGGAAGAGGACAUGCAGCUGCUAACUAAAGCUGAGAGAUCUCUGCCCGGCGGACCUGAAAACGGACGGCCAGAUAGGGCUGCCGCGACGUUGGACAACGGAGCCGUGAGGCCGCACCGGAGACAUCUUCAUAAACACCCGUACGACCGCGGCCCCGCGUAGUCGUCUAUUUAUAUCUAGUAUAAUAUAUAAUGUAUAUGUCAA